UGGGAGAAUAUGUCCAUCGUCUCAGCGAUGCACUUUCCUUCUCUGCCCAUGUCGCAGGUCACAAUCACACCCACGUCGCCAGUCUCAAUGUUGACUUUGCGUGCGGACCCCUGCCAUCCUGGCUUCCCACCCUAUGCGAUCAUUCAGCUUCUUGAUUGAUCUUCUACUCCCAUCUCCAUCAGCGGCCCGAAACAGGCACUGAGUGGGAACGUACCUUCUGGCCCUUCUGGCGCUUGGCCGACUGAUUGGCGUUACCUGGCAUACUACGCUUCUCUCCAGCCAUGAGUGGAAUGAAGAGUCUUGAAUCGGGGUGGUUCUCUCCCAAAGAUGAGUCCCGAAGUUGCUUUUGUGUGGUCCCCUGGUCGUUGAUCAAUCGGGUUUAGCGUGCGGAUCGACUCGAGUCGGUCUUUGGGGAAAGCUUAUUGCCUGUUUACAUUUUUUGACUUCAGUUUCACGAGGGCUAACUCAGUGUAUGGUUGAAUGUUCAAUCGGGUUAAAUUGAACAUACAAUCGGAUCGGUCAAUCCAACAAAUCAUGCCAACGGUUCACCAUCCCCGUGGGACGAUAGCGGUCAUACAAUCCGGUGGUAGCGUGGCAUGACAUCAACGGUCCGAUCAUGACGUAGUCCUGCUGCUUCUAAGCAUCGUUCAAGCUUAUCAGAAGUCCAAAGGCCCAUUCUAAGAAUGAUCCGGCAAGCCGGGUGCCUUGUUUUCCUGUUUCAAGUGUUCCGAUUGCUCCGUAUCAUCUUGAUGUAAAAAAGUCCAUCAUGGCGUCCAAUGAUAUUGCUACGCGGGAGCUGGAGAAUCCCAUCGACCUCACUGAAUACCUGUUUCGACGUUUGCACGAGGUCGGCAUUCGCGCGGUUCACGGUGUUCCCGGCGACUACAAUCUCGCGGCUCUCGAUUACCUUCCCAAGUGCGGGCUCGACUGGGUCGGAAACUGCAACGAGCUCAACGCUGGCUACGCGGCCGAUGGCUACGCACGUGUGAAGGGUAUCAGUGCUCUGAUCACCACCUUUGGUGUCGGUGAACUCUCGGCUCUGAACGCCAUUGCUGGCGCAUACUCUGAGUUCGUUCCGAUCGUCCACAUCGUGGGUCAGCCAACCACCCAAUCGCAAAGGGAUGGGAUGUUGCUGCAUCACACUCUUGGAAAUGGCGAUUUCAACGUAUUCAAUAAGAUGAGCGCGUCAAUCUCUUGCUACGUUGCCCACCUGAAUGACCCUCGUGAUGCGGCGACUCUAGUCGAUAGCGCGAUCCGCGAGUGCUGGAUUCGCAGUCGCCCAGUCUACGUCACUCUCCCCACCGAUAUGAUUGCCGCCAAGGUCAACGGAAACCGCCUGAAGCAGCCUAUUGACCUGUCUCUACCCAAAAACGACCCCGAGAAGGAGGACUAUGUGGUUGACGUGGUCCUCAAGUAUCUCCACGCGGCCAAGAAUCCAGUUAUCUUGGUGGACGCUUGUACUAUCCGUCACCGUGCCCUGGAAGAGGUACAACGGCUGGUUGAGGCUUCUGGCCUACCUACUUUUGUCGCUCCCAUGGGUAAGGGUGCAGUCAAUGAGUCCCUCAAGAAUUUCGGCGGUGUCUAUGCUGGAAAUGGCUCUAACCCCGGCGUGAGGGAGGUGGUCGAGUCUUCAGACCUCAUUUUGAGCAUCGGUGCCAUCAAGUCUGACUUUAACACGACGGGAUUCACCUAUCGCAUUGGUCAGCUGAACACGAUCGACUUCCACAGCAAUUAUGUGCGCGUGCGGUAUUCCGAGUACCCGGAUAUCAACAUGAAAGGCGUUCUUCGCAAGGUCGUUGAUCGCAUGGGCAAGCUAAACCUCUCUCCCAUUCCGCAAAUCGCCAACAAGGUUCCUGCGAGCGAGCAGAAUUCAAGCCAGACCAUCAAUCAUGCCUGGCUGUGGCCAACCGUUGGUCAGUGGCUCAAGGAGAAGGACAUUGUUAUCACGGAGACAGGUACUGCCAACUUUGGUAUCUGGGACACUCGGUUCCCCGCCCAUGUCACGGCAAUCAGCCAGGUGCUUUGGGGAAGUAUUGGGUAUUCAAUGGGCGCUUGCCAGGGUGCCGCGCUGGCCGCCAAGGAACAGAAUAACCGCCGUACCAUCCUUUUCAUUGGAGAUGGAAGCACCCAGCUGACAGUUCAAGAGCUCAGCACGAUGCUCCGGAAUAAGUUGAAUCCUACUGUAUUCGUUAUUUGUAACGAAGGCUACACUAUUGAGCGAUACAUUCAUGGAUGGGAUGAGGGCUACAAUGAUAUCCAGCCCUGGGAUUAUGCCAAUAUUCCCAAGGUUUUCGGAGCUCAGGAGGAUUACAAGAGCUACCGCAUCAAGACCAGAGACGAAUUGAAGAACUUGUUCGCCGAUAAAGACUUCAGCAAUCCAAGCAGUCUUCAGCUGGUUGAGCUGUACAUGCCUCGCGAUGAUGCUCCGGCUGCCUUGAAGUUGACCGCCGAGGCCGCGGCCGCGCGCAACAAAUAAGCAAAUUUUGUCGCGAAGCAGCGUCGCAAGCCGCCACUAAAUUAUAAUAAGCAUUUUCCCAUGCUGUCUGAUGUGCUUUGCCAGCAUUGUGCAUCACCCUAGCUGCACCGUUAUCUUCUCAGCAAAUUGCUUCCAAAGGGUCUGUGCAUACACGAGUGCAACUCUCCAUAUGGUUGGGAUCAUGAUUUACGUCCCCAUAGUCGUUUUUAAUUCGAACUUCUCAUCUCCAUUUCAUCGAUAAGAAAAUCGCAAAGUAUUUGAGUCUAGAUCGCUGUAUUUCCCGC